CACGCGUAAAUAUCAAUUUGUUUUAUUAUACCUAGCUUGUAUUUUAUGUUUGGUUUAAAUGUACUUUUUUCAGUACAUUCGUCGAGUGACUGUACUUUUCCAUGUUCUGGUCAUGUUAAGUCAUGCUCUGUAUGAUAAAAGUAAAAAAGAGCAAGCGUUUUCAGAUGUACUUAAAAAUAUGACGUUAGCUAAUAACAUACUACAAGACCUCUUAAAGAAUUACGAACGUCUCGAAAAAGUCUACCAGUCCGAAGAACUGUUGCAAAGUAAUUCUUCUUCUCAUGAAAUCGACCAGACUUUCAAAAGUUUUAUGCCAAGCAAACAAAAUCAGCAGAGGGAUACAUCAUAUGAGGAGCAUACAAGUAGCCCAUAUGCAGGAACAGCAAUGAUACUUUAUGCCAGUGAAUCAGUUGAAAAGGAAUCAGAAGAUAGCAUCAAGGAAGAUAUAAAGGAAAUAAAUACUCAGAAACCAAUUAAAUCACAUCCCAAUUACGUUGACGUUGGUAAAGUUCUACAGAAACAAGUUUUAAAUCAAACUGUUGCAGAUAAAAAAGUUAUGAGUAACAAAUUUAAAACAAAAGGAAUUGUAACAAAUAAUAAUUUAAAUAAAAACAGCUCACUGGAAUAUUUACAGUCUGAUGAAGUAGAACAGAUAAUUAUAGAUAUACAGGAAGAUGUAAAUGGCUUAGAUGAGGAUACAAAAGAUACAAGUGAUGUAACCGAAGCAACAAAUACCCCACAUAAAGGGAUUGAAAAAAGUAAUUCAAAAGAAACAAUGAAAAACAUAAUGGGUGAAAAAACAAGGUUUAGUAUCCAACAUAUGACUCCAAAAAGAAUAGAUAGAAAAAUUCUCUCUGGAAGACCAAUUGGAAUUAAAAAUAACGGUAGUAGAGUUAAAAAAAUUGUUUAUUCAGAACCAUUCUCUCCAGACAAAAUUUGGCAAGAAAUUAAAAAAAAGCCUGUUAAGUUAAGAAAGGACAGAGAACAAAUUCUUCGAAAAAGUAAUAAAUCUGGUAAAAACAAUGAAAAAAUUACAGUUCUAAUUUUAACCAACAAUGAAAAAGAUAAUAAUAAUUGGAAAAAAAGGCCAAAACCCGAUAUCAAAGAAGGUUUGCUCAAAUUCGAUUUUCCAAAAAAAAUAUUGCGAAGUGGAUACGGAGAAAAGUGUUUACAAAUACCAAUAAGAAAAUGUAAAAAAGCUUUGCAAAUCGUGCGCAAAAAUAUUUGUAAAAGACGCUUCAAAUGCAAAUCGGAUUUCAAAUCAGACUUUAUACAAAAUUCUAAACAUGCUUGCGAUAAGGAAUUCGCUUACAGAGAAGAAACUGCAAAUACAAGCAGUAAUAAAACUAAUACUACAAGGAAAACACGGCUCAUAGUAUCAGAGUCUAGAAAAACACAACUUCAAAAUUUCAAAUCUCUGCGCAAUGAUACGCCGCAAGAUUAUUUUUUAAGAGCCAGGAAGCUUAGAGAUAAGUAUGAGAAGAAAUGUCAAAAGGAGUCAAUGAAAAAAUGCAAUAAUGCGUGUGGUUAUACCAUCGAAGAGACUUGUAGCGUACAUACAUGUGAAAGGAGAAUAAAGAAAGCCAUAAAAAGAGAGUGUAAAAUUGAAUGCAAAAAAAUUUAUACCGAUGAUAAAGAAAAUAUAAAAUCGUCUAGUGAAUUUUAUAGUGAUAGCGAACACGAUGACGAUAGCGAUGACGAUAGCGAUGACGAUAGCGAUGACGAUAGCAAUGACGAUAGCAAUGACGAUAGUGAUGAUGAUAGCGAUUAAUAAAAUAAAUA